AUGCUAUCCUGCGAAAGAUACCGAAAUUACUUCCACAGUGAUACGGAGGAGUCCGAUACGAGUUCUCUUAGCCCUAGACGAUGCACUAAGGAGGUUGACAACGACGCCCUGUUUGCCUUGGACGAACAGCUGGAGGAAUUGUCUCUCCACGGCAGCUGUAGUGCAGAGUCACGCUGGGCAGACAGCAACAAGCCUCCAUUGGGGCGACUGCGCCGCGAAUCGGGUGUGGCUCCAAAAGCCACUGAGAAACUCCACUUUCCGGCCAUGUUCGUGGAGGAGUUCCGCGGUGGCCAUGUGGGUUUCAACAUUCCCGGUGUGUUGCGUGACUCCCUCAAACCCACUGACUCCAUUGAUCUGCGCUUCAACUUCGAACUGGGCGGGUCGAGGCAGGACGAGGGCGGCGCCUUCACCCCCGGGACAAACCACCCACUGUUGGAACAGGGUCCAGCUGGCGCGGCGCAGUUCAGAACUGCGGGCGACUGCUUUUCCAAUCGACAGGCCGACAGCCGUUUCAUAUUCUCCUCGCAUGCAAAUGACAAUCAGGCGGGCGGCGACAGCGAGAAGUUGCAACAGGACACCCGAUGGACUCCAGUUGCCUCUAACUGCGGCGACGUUGGCGGUAGCGCUUGCGCGCCCUUUUCCAUGGCAGUCCAUCAUGUGCGGGGAGGUGGGAACAAUGCGGACAGUCUUAUCGGCGCUGGUGUCCUCAUCAGCGCAGACUCCGGUCUGCCGCCGGUGACGGAGUCCAGCACGGUCUCCUGCUCCACUCGCUUCUCCACGUUUUCUAACGUUUCCGACGUCUAUUGGGCAACGUCACGACCGUAG